GCUUGCCUCAAACAAAACAGCCGAACUUGCGAUACGUACGUAAAAAUGUUUAGCUAGCCCGCAUUUUAAAGUUUGCUACUCACCAGAGAGACAGCUGUAGCCACUGCUGCGGGCUGAAUGCUUGGCUGAAGCUGAAAAGGAUCCUCUCUGAAGCAGUGUCUGUGACGGGCCACCAUGGUACAUCUGAACAUAGAUCUGAUUGCUAAAUCUAGAAACCACUUUAAAAAGAAAAGGGGCCUCUCCUUCCCAGAGUACCUCAAGACACUUACCCACCUCCACUUUUCAGGCAAGAAUAUUGAAGAUAUUGGUGAUCUCUCCAUGUGCAGAAACCUCACUGUUCUUUACCUCUAUGAUAAUCAGAUCACACACAUUUGCAACCUUGGCUUUGCCUCCAACCUCACCCAUCUCUAUAUGCAGAACAACAACAUUACUCAUAUAGACAGUCUCUCUAAUCUGCAGAUGCUCUCCAAACUGUAUCUUGGUGGAAACAGAAUUACAGUGGUGGAGGGCUUAGAGCAGCUCACUGAACUCCAGGAGCUUCAUCUGGAGAAUCAGAAGCUGGCACCUGGGGAAAAGUUGCUCUUUGACCCCAGGACUCUCCUCUCACUCGCUGAAUCUCUUUGUGUCCUGAAUAUCAAUAAUAACAACAUUGAUGAUAUCAGGGACCUGGCAGUGUUAAAGGAACUCCAGCAUUUUUAUGCCUCUGACAAUAAACUGCACAAUAUGGAGGAGUUAGAGGAUGUGUUCAGUCUCUGGCCUCAGCUGCUUCAAAUGGAUUUGAGUGGCAAUCCUGUGUGUAAAAAACCAAAGUACAGGGACCACCUGAUUACUGCAUGCAAAAGCCUCGAGGUUCUCGAUGGAAGGGAAAUUAAAGAAUUAACCAGACAGUUCCUUAUUAACUGGAAAGCAUCUAAAGAGGCCAAGAAGAAAAAAAACAAGACACACAUGCUGUCUGUACCCUUAACAAAUGACUUUAACAUGGGUCAGGGUCCACAUCCUGGUCACAUCUACAGCCAUCCUAGCAUGCAGAGGUGGAAGCCGCAGCAGCCUCUCAGGUCCAGUUCACAUGGAUCUCAGUUAAUUUGAGAGUAGACAUUUUUCCUGGCUCUAUUUUAUUAUUUGCUUUUGUAGACAUAAAAUAAUGUUAUAUGUUUUCAACUAUAGAACCAGCUGUUUUACAGAAUUGAUGUGUUAUAUGACGAAAUGAUCAAAAUUCUUUCUGAUGAUGUUAAUAGGUUUUGAUCUCUCAGAAUUCUCCCCAAAAUCAAGAAAUGUUUUUUAGAUCAGUGUUAUAGUAUCAGUUAUUUUUAUUUCCCUCAGUCUUCCUGCUUGACAAAUAACUUUCUAUUUUGUGAUUAUGUUGUCUUGAUUAACAGUUUUAUUUAUGUAAUGGGAAUAUCAUAAUAGUGCUGUCAAUCUCUAUUAAAUAUGUACUAAAUUUUAGGCCACAGUCUUUGAGGGAGAACAGUUCUAUGAUUGUUGACCCAUAAUCUGAUAAUGCUUCCUCUUGUUUUUAUCUGAUCUCAUAGGGUGCAAAAAUUAAAGAUUCCUAUGAUUGGGCCUCUCAAUCAUGUGGCUUUCUCCUCAGCCAUCUGCAGUCAUGUGGAUGCU